AUGAAGCCACUCGACAAGGGUCCUUUCGAGGAUGUCAUGAAGAUCGAUGACCCUUGUGCCCAUUUCAUCGGCAAAGAUAACCCCGGAGUUGAAGUUGAUGAUGGCUUCUCUUUCAAGAUGAUCGUUGGAGGAAUUUGUCCGGAUGGGGCUGGUGUCAAAGUGGAAAUCCAGCAUGAGGAUGCUUUGUGCCCUGCGGAGCAACUUUAUGUCAACUGCUUAGACCUCGGUGUCGACACUCUGGAAGAAGUGGAGGUCAUCUUGCGCGGCUUGGACAACAACCCGUUCAAGCGGCUCAAGAGCCUCAUGCAGGAGAUGGGACCGAUCAUCCGCCAGUUUGGUGUUUGGCAAAGCGGCUCAGAAAUGUUCCUCAGUGCAAUCGCAUUUCUCAACAAACUCAUCAACAUUCAUGAUGAGGGAGGCAAUUUGUGCCAACUGGUCAAUGAUCUGGUCUACUUUGGAUUUCAGUAUGGAGACAUGGGCAAGGAGCUAUCCAGAGGUCUUGUGGAACUGGAGAAUCAUACAAUCAUGCAGGCGACCCAUGACGAGAACACAGUCCGGAGAAUUGCAUCCGCAAAGUCCAGUGUCUACCGAAUCAUAGCCACCAUGAGCUGGAUUCAGUCGCAGCUCUGCACUAGACUUUGGUCGCCCAACGCAGUCGACCUUGCACUGGGCACAGCGGUCUUGUCGUCAGCCGGCCAUCUUUCGAGCCCUCCUGGUCGCAGAGCCAUUCUCGGACGCAGCAAUGGUGUCACCGACCUCGACGCGGCUACUGGCUCCGGAGCAGCAGGCGACAUCCAGGGAUAUCUAGACUCUGGCGAUGGAGACCGCGAAGAGACACAACAACGUGAAAGUGAUUCUGAAGAGCAUGGUACCAAUGGCACCAAUUCAGACGAUGCCGAAAACAAUGGUCAGGCUGAGAACACUAGCGUCGACAAUCCAGAGGAUGGCAAUGAUCCGGACGGGGACCCUGCCGAGCACGUGAACGCCAAUAUUGCUGCGAGACCGACAGUCACGUUCUUCAUCAUCCGAAAUUUCAACCACGUCAGGGUGGUGAAGGCUGUCAGAAUGUAUCGCGACACGCCAAUCGGCCGUGCGCUUGAGUACUACUGCUCUAGAAAUGAGAUUCCAUACUGGUCGGUGUGGUUCAGUUUUCUAGGAGAGCCGGUGUGGCCGGUGGAGACUCCUGAUGAUAUGGGGUUGGAUGACGACGAUGAGAUCUUUGUCCACAGGUACUAG